AUGGAUUACAAGAUGGUCUUGAAAAUGGAUUACCAAAUGUUACCUGGUGGAGUAAUCAGUGGAGUUGGGAAAGGCAUUAUAUCAUCAAGUAUUGGCGUGCUUCUGAAAACCAAUGGAUACAAGGUAUCAGCUAUUAAAAUCGAUCCUUACUUGAAUAUUGACGCCGGCACUUUCUCGCCUUACGAGCAUGGGGAAGUCUUCGUGCUCGAUGACGGUGGCGAGGUUGAUCUCGACUUGGGGAACUACGAACGGUUUCUGAACGUUCGAUUAACUAGGGACAACAACAUAACAACUGGAAAAAUGUUUCAACAUGUCACAGAACGUGAGCGUCGCGGUGAUUACUGUGGUAAAACUGUGCAGAUGAUCCCACAUUUCACUGAUGCGAUCAUUCAAUGGGUUGAACGAGUAGCCAGAAUACCAGUAGAUGGCACUAAGGAGCGACCCGAUGUUUGUAUAAUAGAGCUGGGUGGAACUAUUGGUGACAUUGAAGGCAUGUCUUACCUUGCCGCUUUCGAACGCUUCCAGAGGCCAGCAUUGAGAGAUCACCUUAUGAAUGUCCACGUGUCUCUUGUAAUGCAUCCGAACGCGACAGGUGAACCGAAAACCAAGCCUAUGCAAAAUUCGGUGCGACAUUUGCGUGCUGCUGGGCUUGUGCCGGAUCUUCUUAUUUGCCGCUCGUCUGAACCACUGCAAGAACAUUUACGCGAGAAAAUUGCAGCAUUUGGUCUUGUGGAUCUGGAACAGGUCAUUGGGGUACACGAUAUGUCUAACAUAUACAAAGUGCCGUUGUUGCUUCAUGAGCAAAAUGUUCUGGAUGCCAUAAUUCAUCGUUUACAUUUGAAACCAAUCAGCGAACACGUGAGGCGAAGUCUGAAGUUCAACAUGUGCCAUUGGACUCAUCUCAGUGAACUGUGUGAUUUAUUUACGGAAGAGGUUGUGAUCGCCUUGGUAGGAAAAUAUGUGAAGAUCAACGACGCGUACGCAUCCGUGAACAAAGCUCUCAGUCACGCUGCCAUCCACAGUAAACGAGCCAUAAAAAUCAAGGCACAUUUUUCUACUACUUUCGUAGAUUCUGAACUUUUGGAAGAUGGAAAACCAGCCGAAUUAAAAGCGAAAUGUGACGCAGCAUGGGAUACUGUUAGGAAUGCUGAUGGUAUUAUUGUUCCUGGUGGUUUUGACACACGCGGCGUCGAAGGGAUGAUCAAAGCUUGUCAGUAUGCCAGGGAAAACAAUGUGCCGUUCCUGGGAGUGUGCUUGGGUAUGCAGUGCGCGGCUAUAGAAGUGGCUCGCAAUCUCCUCGGCAUCAAGAACGCCAACUCAACCGAGUUCAACAAGAGUUUGCACGAGGAUGAACAGGUGAUAAUCGAUAUGCCGGAGCACAAUGUGGAGCACAAAGGCUUAGGAGGAACAAUGCGUCUGGGACGACGUACAAGCGUGUUUCUAACGGAGAACUGCAAAUUGCGAAAACUGUAUGGACGUAAUGAAAUCGAAGAGCGUCAUCGUCAUCGUUAUGAAGUCAACCCACGGUUUGUGCCUGAACUCAGCGAAAAAGGGCUGCUUUUUGUCGGCAUCGGUGUUGACGAAACAUCUUGCACAUCGCUCACGAAGCACAAUCGUACGCAAUCGAGUGCUGCUUUGAUGAAUAUGGCUGUGGACCAUAAUUCAAAUGGGGAUCUUCUGAAGAAAAUAGCGGAUCUUUGUCAUUGCGGAGGCGAUGGAGUGACUCGUCCUGCUCUGAGGAUGGAGAUGUGUGAAAUGAAAGAUCACCCAUAUUUCGUUGGCGCUCAGUUCCAUCCGGAGUAUCUGUCCCAUCCUCUGCAACCAAGCCCACCUUUUCUGGGACUUUUACUUGCGGCGACUGGACAACUGCAGGUACUAUUUUGUUCUGUGUCUAUUGUUAUCGCAAGCAUGGCCACCACAGCCACAUCGGCCUACCAUGUGGCGCAGUUAAUAGAUAAGAUGAUGUCAGUUGACAAGGAUUAUCGUUUUAUGGCUGUAAAUGAUUUAAUGAGGGAACUUCAGACCAACAAUAUGAGGCUUGACGACGACUCCGAAAAGAAGGUUGUACGAAUGCUCAUUCGGCUUUUGGAUGAUAACAAUGGUGAGGUGCAAAACUUGGCUGUCAAAUGCCUUGGUACUGUCACACAACGAGUCAAGGAAGCUCAAGCAGAGACAUUGGUGGAUGCGUUAUGUUCUAUGAUGGUCGCUGGAUCAGAAUCACUGCGAGACGUCAGUUCCAUUGCGCUUAAAACUGUUGUUGGACACCUACCAGUAGCAAAUACCGCGUUUGUCACGAAUCUAAUGAAAAGAUUGGUUCCGAAAUUGAAUGCUGCUUUGGAACAAACAAAGCCGAAUGACUCAGUUCGCCUAGAGGUGGUCGAUGUUAUUGGAGAUGUGCUCACACGAUUUGGCUCUCUCAUCACAUCUGUUCAUAAAGAAACCCAGAAAGUUCUACUUGAUCAGCUUCUGCUCGAACGACCUGCUCUCAAAAAGAAGUCUACAAUUGCUUUGGGCGCAAUGAUGGCUGUGUGCUCACAUGAACUGUUCAAAGACACAAUGGAUGUUUUUGUGGAAAGGUUGUCUGAUGCAAAGGGGACACAUUCAGUUCGCACCUAUGUUGUCGCCUUGACAUGUGUGGCAAAAUCCAGCGGACCACGAUUUGCAGAAUAUAUCCCGAAGGUUGCUCCGAAAAUAAUCGAGCAAGUCGAGGCUGCAGACGAUGACGAGCUAAAGGAGGCUUUGCUGCAGUCGUUGGAAACCUUUUUAUAUCGAUGUCCGAGGGAAAUGGCUGCAUAUCAGGACAAAGUGCUUAAGAUUGUCACUACCGACCUUACGUAUGACCCAAAUUACUCAUAUUCGGAUGACGAAGAGGAGCAGUCUAUGGAAAUUGGUGGUGGGCGUGAUGGCGACACCGAUGAAGACGAUGCGGAAGACUAUUCUGAUGAUGACGACAUGAGCUGGAAAGUGCGCCGUGCAUCAGCGAAAACAAUAGAAGCUAUGAUUGUUUCGCGACGGGAUCAGCUUUCCAAUUCCGUCCAAACGUUGGGUCCAUUGUUGAUCUCACGUUUACGAGAAAGGGAAGAAAAUGUGAGGAUUGACAUCUACAACGCCUACAUUGCAAUCCUUUCUCAGGCUCGUCUCGUCGUUCCUAACGCUCUUGCUGCUGUUUACAAAGAUGAAGGUGAGGAACCAAUCAAAAUUGGUACCACACUUUUCUCCCCGUCAGCUUUGUCUGGAGAGCAGCAACAGCUACUUGAAGCCAUUGCCGCCCAAUCAGAGCCUUUGUUGAAGGCUGUAAUGAAGCAGCUAAGGUUGAAAUCGCCGAAAACUCGUAGCCUUUGUUUUGAUUUGCUAGCCAACUUCGUCAGAACUUUGCCGGGAUCGUUGGCUUCGUACCUUCCAAGUCUGCUGCCUGGUUUAUCGAAUGCUGUACUUGAUCGCAAUAGCGGAGCUCCCAUGAAAAUCGAUGCUCUCUCUCUACUUGCUCGGGUCAUUAAGUGUCAUGAUCACAGUGUCUUUGCGCCUCAUCUUGACAGCAUUGUUCAGUUAACAGUGGGCGCUAUUCAGGACAGUUUUUACAAGGUAUCAGCUGAGGGGCUUAGUGUAGCAUCACAUCUCGUUCCAGUAAUUCGUGAUUGUGGCUGUGGUAAUCUAGUGCCGACGCUUUAUAGUGCUAUUUUUGAGAAAUUGAAAAUUAACGAUAUUGAUCAGGAAGUCAAGGAGCGCGCUAUCUACGCAGCAGGUCUCUUCAUUGCCACUUUUGCCGAUGAUAUGCCUGCAAUGGUACUUUUUUCUUUAUUUAUAUUUCGAAUCAUUUUAUUUUGUUUAUCGAUUGAUACCGAAUUCUUUGCUUUUUGGUGCAAGGUUGGCUUACAAGCAUAUCCGGACAGAGUUGCACCCCAGCUGGCCUCAAUUCUUUCUUCUGUUAUUCAUCUUUCACAGUCGGCGUUGUUGCAGGGAGCCACUUUGCAAGCAUCUCUUGAUAUGAUUCAAGUACUAGUUUCCAAUCCUGUGCCUGGAAAGCCAGAAUUCGAGGAAUUGCUUGACCAGCUUACGGCACCCGUCUAUGAUGUUCCAAAUUUAUCCAGACAAGCUUUCCAAUCUAUCUCCGCCGCCACCGGUGUCGUUGCCGCAGCAAGCGGAGAUAUUGAGAAGGCACGAUCGCUAGCGGAAAAGUUAGCGGAUCAACUACAGAACGAAACUUCUACAGAUGCCAUACGUUUGUUCAGUGUUCAUGCACUCGGUGAACUUGGUCGUCGCUGUCCGAAAGUUUAUGAGAAUAGCCACCUUGAACCUGAGAAGCUGAUCAUCCCAACUUUCAACUCUAGCUCAGAAGAUUUGAAAGCAGCUGCUGCUCAAGCCCUAGGCGCUCUUGCAGUUGGUAAUCAUGCGCGCUUCCUACCCUUCAUUUUGAAUGAAAUCCAGACUCAACCGAAGAGGCAGUAUCUGCUCUUACACGCUCUGAAAGAAGUAAUCGGACAUGAGUCAACAAAUAUUGUACCAAUUGAAGUUUUCCGCUCUCGCAUUAGCGAGAUUUGGCCAGUGCUUGUUGACCAUGCAGAUGGGAAUGAAGAAGGAACAAGGAAUGUUGUCGCUGAGUGUCUCGGCAAGUUGAGCGUGAUUGACCCUCAUGGACUACUACCCGAGCUAAAGAGCUUGGUGACUUCCCCGUCUGCUCGAGUGCGUUCCGCUGCAGUGACCGCAGUGAAGUUCAUGAUUUCGGACGAAAAAAGACCUGUUGAUGCUGUUCUCCAACAGUGCAUU